AUGUACCCAAAGAGCAAGACCCUCUUCUAUGCCAACGCGCUGGGUCCCAUCUCCUCUAUAAUCCUCUCCACUAUCAUCGUAGGCUCCUCCGGCAUGUACAACAAGGGUGUAGCCACGGUGGGCAGCAUAACCACAGGGCUGGGGGGCAUGUCAUCGGUGUGGGACAUUGAUCUGCACAACGAGUACACCGAUGAGGUCGCCCUCAUCGCGCUCUACGCUGCCUUGGUCUCGCUCGCUACCUCACUCACUCGCCUUCUCAAGAAGCUCCCCACUCUUGCUUUCUCAAGAAGCUCCCCACUCUUUUCUGUCGCCUCCUCCUCACCCUUCCUCAGCUCAACUCCCUCCCUCACCAACCCCUCUCCCUCCCUCGCAUCCUCUCCUUUCCACGCCUCCUCACCUCUUGGUCGCCAGCUAAUUGCCUCAUGCUCCUGUCAAACCCUCAAUCGCACCCAUUUCCCAACCAAACUCACACUCAUAGCCUACGGAGCCAUGAACCUCUCAGGCUCCUUCACCUCCUGCUAUGUCGCCACAGGCUCCUUCUCCCGCACGGCAGUGAACAUCCUAGCGGGGGCGCACACGGCGCUGACACAGAUCAUCCUCUCCUUCACCAUGCUUAUCGUGCUGCUUGCUGCUGCUCCCGCCUUCAAAUAUGUGCCCGCUGUACGGCCCCUCAUUCUUCCCCCUCCUUUUGCCGUCCAAUCCGUGCAUAGUGCAAGUUUCCCCUCCGUCCGGUGUGCCCGCUUCCACCUUCCCUCCGCUUCCACUUUACCUCCGCUCCCACUUUACCUCUGCUUCCUCCUUUUUACUUUCACUUACCUUCCAAUACGCUCCCAGAGUAUACCCCACUUCCCCCACCUUCCUCCUGCCUUUUGCCUCCUGUGUCCUGCCUUUUGCCUCCUGUGUCCUGCCUUUUGCCUCCUGUGUCCUGCCUUUUGCCUCCUGUGUCCUGCCUUUUGCCUCCUGUGUCCUGCCUUUUGCCUCCUGUGUCCUGCCUUUUGCCUCCUGUGUCCUGCCUUUUGCCUCCUGUGUCCUGCCUUUUGCCUCCUGUGUCCUGCCUUUUGCCUCCUAUGUCCUGCCUUUUGCCUCCUGUGUCCUGCCUUUUGCCUCCUGUGUCCUGCCUUUUGCCUCCUGUGUCCUGCCGUGCCUCCUUGUGUGGUGGGAGCAGUCAUCGCCAAUUCUGUGCUUAACCUGCUGGACUUUAAAGCCGCAUUUCAAAUCUGGAGGGUGAACACGCUCAACUUCAUACUCAUGCUCGCCUGCUUCCAUCGACCCUUGUCCCCUGGUUUCCCCUCCCACCUGUCCCCCUCCUCCCCCCCGUUCUCAGCUGGACUUCAAGGCAGCGUUUACGAUCUGGAGGGUAGACAAACUAGAUUUCAUGGUCAUGCUCGGCUGCUCCCAACACCUGUUCCCCCUAUUGACCUAAACCCUUUCUCCGUUCUUUCCCCCCAUCAGCUCGACUUCAAGGCAGCGUUUACGAUCUGGAGGGUAGACAAGCUGGACUUCAUGGUCAUGCUCGGCUGCUUCCUCGGGAUCAUCUUCGGCUCGCCCGAGAUCGGCCUGCUAGUCGCCUCCGUCCUCUCUGUCCUCAAGCUCCUCCUCCGCAUUGUCCGCCCGCACAUCCGCCUGCUCGGGCUGCUCCCGGGCGGCGCCGCUACAGCCGUGAGCGUGCUACAGUUCCCCAACAGCACGCUGUGCGAGGGGAUCGUGAUGCUGAGGAUUGAGAGCCCGCUGUACUUCCCUGCUGCGAAUUUCUGCCGGCAGCGCAUCAAGAAGCUCUGUGAUGCGUAUGCGAGGGGGUACCAGCAACCCGUGCGGCCUGCCUGUACUUUCCUGGGGCUGAUUUCAGCUCACACUCUCUUCCUCGUUGCGACCCUACGGCAUUGCAUUCUAGACUUGCCCGUCACGCAUGACAUUGACGUGUUGCCCAAUGCACUGCCCCUCUCUUUCCCACCAAUACUUCCACUCCCUCUCCUCCCUCUCAUCCCCUCACUCCCUCCCCCAAGUUUCUCCUCCUCCCACCUUCAACAUUGCAUUCCCAUGAGUGUCAUGCACGAUAUUGACGUGUUGCUUGCCGCAUGUCCUAUCCUUCCUUUCCUCCUCGCCUCCCAACAGCACUGCAUUCUCGAUCUGAGCGUCAUGCACGACAUCGACGUGUCGGGCAUCGACGGGUUGAAGGAGCUCCACCGAGACCUGUCUGAGAAGAGCAUUCAGCUCUGCCUAUCCAGUGCAUCAAGGGACGUGCUGCGCAAGCUGCUGGACGCCAAUUUCCUCGUCGAGAUGGGAGAGCAGUGGCUCUUUCUCUGCCUAUCCAGUGCAUCAAGGGAUGUGCUGCGCAAGCUGUGGGAUGCCAACUUUCUGGCAGAGAUGGGCGAGCAGUGGCUCUUCGUCACUCCUGCCGACGCCGUCAAGCUGUGUCGCUCCAUGGCCGUGGCUGCACCGGCUGUGAAGGAGCAGGACGAGCUGCUGGCAUCAGUUCAGGUGUAUGACAUCUAA